CGCAGCACCAGCCCCGGAUGAGUUUAGGCUGCUCGCUGCCUCUGAAACCACAGAAACAAUCAUGACCACAAAUAAAGUGGUUAUUGAAGCCCAAAAGCUGGGGUCCUGUGGUGAGGCAGGGGAUGGAGACACCAAUAUUCAAGUGAAAAUAUUUCAGGUCCCAGUCAUCACACCUGUGCAACCUUCCACCAAGGGGGGCUCCAUCUCUGCCCCACCUAAAAUCAUCUUCACUGAUCAUGGCCACCAACCUAGCUCCUCUACAGUGACAGUCCCAGGGUGUCACACUUCCUCUUCUUCCCUCAUGGUGGUAGCAAAGCUGGCCACUGCAGGAGGUGUGAGUGCUAACAGCCAACCACAGAUGACAAAACCAGCUUUGAGCCAUGUGACCUCCAUUAACCAGGCAGCGACCCCAGGAAGGACAGUGGUGAUAACUGUACCGAGGGCCGCAGGGCCACAGCCAGUUCCUGUGGCUCCUCGGCUGCCACAGCCGGCUGCCUCCCCACAGCUUCCAGCAAAUAUCCACAUCCCAGCAGGUAUGAUGUUGAUCCGCAGUGACAGCGGUCAGCUGAUGCUGGUAUCCCAGCAUGCAUUGGCACAGGCUCAGCGGGGACCAAGAGGCGUCAGUGGUCAAGCACCUAGAACAGUUGUUCCACAGGUAUCUGCAGCAGCUGCCAAUAAAAGUCAUGACAAGGUGACAGUGAUCAGGAUGGCACCCCCUCCUAGUUUCCAACCAGCACCAGUCCAGAACCAGAAGACAGCUGUGGUAAAGGUGAUUGGGGUGGCUCCCAAACCAGCUGUAAUCCAGACCGCCAGCGCUGUGUCUGAACGGGGGAGCCAGCCUCGCGUUCAGCCGGUUGGCACAGAAAACAAAAAGGAACCACCUUCCACAUUCACUCAGGCGACCCUGGGAAGUGUCAAAAAGUGCAAGAACUUCCUGGUGACUCUGAUCAAGCUGGCCUCCAGUGACUCCAGGUCUGCCAACAUGGCCAACAACGUCAGAGAACUAGUCAGGAGUCUGCUGGAAGGGAAGCUAGAAGCAGAGGAGUUCACAGAGCAGCUCUAUCAGGAGUUGAAGUCAACUCCACAGCCCUGCUUGGUGCCUUUUCUCAAGAAAAGUCUCCCUGCAGUGCGUCGGCUGACUGCAGACUCCCAGUUAUUCAUCCAACAGGCCUCAGCUUCUACCUGCAAUUCCAACACUCUUGUUUCCUCUGUGAAGCAGUCCAGCACAGACACAGGACAAAAUCUCAACACCGGCCAGCAGGUCGUUAUCCAGCAACCUCGAGGAGUGACUCUGAGACCCGGGUCGACGACAUUCACCCGGUCCAGAAAUUACAGCUCUAGGAGCAGCAGACCUACCCCGAAACACACAGUGGUCCAGUCAGGAAAACACCUCACAGGUACUUUUUCAAUAAAGCAGCCUUUUAGUCAGGAUCCACCUCAUUCCACCAAAUGUACAUUCAAGGACAGUUCAGGAUCGUACAGAGAAGAUGAUGACAUUAAUGAUGUCGCCUCUAUGGCUGGAGUCAACCUAAGGGAGGAGAAUGCACAGAUCUUGACCACCGUGGUUGGCUCUGUGGUGCAGUCCUGCCAUGAUCAGCUGUUCCUCUCACCUAACCCAGUGCUCAGCCGAAUCCUAAACACAGGACAGGCAUUUGGAGUGACGGAUGUUGGUCCAGAGGUGGUAGCUCUGGUUUCUCAUGCCACAGAGGUGUGUCUCCGUGGGCUGCUGGAGAAGCUGACUGUGAUGUCGGAACAGCGCAAAGCAGCCCCGAAGGAGGAUCUGUGGCAUGUCAAAGUAAGUGAUGUACGCUCCCAGCUUCACAUUAUGGAGGAAGUGGAGAGUUUAAAGAAGAAGAGAAAAGAAGAAGAGGAGAGAGAGAGACUGCUGCGUCUGGCCAGAAGUCGCUCACAUACUGAGGAUCCACAGCAUCAGCAGCUCAAGCAAAGAGCCAAACAGUUUCAACAAAUGGAAGAAGCUGAGCUGCAGCACAGAGUGGCCAACCAGACUGCACUGGCUGCCAUCGGGCCUCGCAGGAAGAGACCUCUGGAGCAGACUGAAGGCCAGGUGACUCUGCUGCCCAGACAGGGUGUUCAGACAGUGACUCGGGUAAUGCUGAAGGACCUGCUGGUGUGUAUGGAGCAGGACCACUUCCUUUGCCACUCUCUCACUCUGUACAAAGCCAUGCUCUGA